AUGUGUUUCAGUGAUCCCAAGCCCAAGACCAAGUACUACUACCACGAAGAGAUCACGCCUUCUCGGCGAUACACCGGUCAUCAUCACCACCACCACCAUCACCAUCACUCAUCCUCGCGCUCUCCACGAGCCAGCUACACGAGUGUCUCAAGGCGGUCUUACAGCCACAGCCCGCGCACCAGCGAACGUGUUGUCUACGAGCGCCGUUGA